AUGAAUCGAGCGACCGGUCACCACUUUUCUUCAUCUGAAAAAGCAACGAAAGUUGCCCCUGUUGUUGCUGGCCUUCGACAGUCUAGCUUCCCGGUUCAGCAGGGAACCUUCAGGCAUCCCAGUUUGCCUUUCUUCUGCUCGGAUUCCUGCACUCCGACGAAAAUUCCAGUUAUCCUAGACCUGAGAAUUAUAUCAAGCUCCUUGACCCAGCUCUUGGUGCGACACAACCACUCCAAACCCUAUGUCUGGUCGAAGGGAAGGAAGUUUGAGAAAGCUCAAGGCAGCAGGAACAACAGUGAAUCUUAGGGCGUGGUGGUUGUAGAUGUUGAUGUAGAAGAGAGGCUUGGUAGACCUGCUAGAGCUAGAAUCAACGAGGCUAGGAAGAAGGUUCUGAAAUCAAGAUCAUUUGUUGGUCAUCUCCAGGUUCAAGUUGUUACGAGUCUUUUGGAUAAGAGAUAUAACUAAUGAGGAAGAUGUAAGUAUGGUGAAGGAAGCCAUAAUAUAGGACUUUGCAUCAGGAUAUUGUGGGGUGAACUCUCAUGAGCUUCUUUUAGAUCUAUUAUAGCUACGAGAGGGUGGAGAACAUGGGUUUACAUUAGAUCGAAGACGGAAAUGGUGGAGAAGACAGCGAAGAACAUGUUUGUUGAUUUUGCUUUUUGAUCAGUUUUGAUUGCGAGUGAAAGAAAACAGAGGGGACAGCCAGCCACUCACCCUGAUGAUGGCGAGUCGAAACCAGGGAUUCAACGGUGAUGACGACAGUCUAGGCGGAAGCAGUAGCGGCAAAGAUUUGGGUUUCUUUGGUAGAGUUAGCCUCUUCUAGAGUUGGGCUUUAUUAGUGUUAGUUCAAUUGGGCUCUGUUUCGAAGAGUUGGCAUAGUUGGGUUUUGUUUGAGUUUAAUUUUUUAUGAGUACA